AUGUCUGAACCUCGUCCCGUUAAAGCCUUUGGCUUGACGCAGGUCUAUGCUCCCCGCGGUGACCCCACGGUGGAUAUCGUGUUUGUUCAUGGCCUCAACGGCCACCCCCAUGACUCAUGGACAAGCAAGUCCACAAACUGCUUUUGGCCUGUGGAUCUCUUGCCCGAGGUGCUUGCAUCCCAACGUCCACGCAUCCUAACUUACGGCUAUAACGCGAAUGUCACUGCAUUCACCGAUGGUGCCUCGCGCGACUCGAUCGUCAGCCACGCAGAAACUCUAGCUUCCAAUCUUGCUGCGAACCGAAACCUUCGAGACUGUUCCGACCGACCGAUCAUCUUUGUCUGCCAUUCGCUCGGAGGUUUAGUGGUGAAGCGUGCUUUGAUCUACUGCCGAAGCUUGUCCAACGAGCGGACCGAGCACCUGCGUUCCGUUUACGUGUCCACGUUUGGCAUCCUUUUCCUCGGCACGCCUCAUAAUGGAUCUGAUAUCGCGAAAUGGGGCUUAUUGUUGCACAACAUCUGUACUGCUGUCCUUCCCAAGAAAUUUAUGGAGGGUUCCCCGCAGCUCGUGAAAGCCCUCCGCACCAAUAACGAAACCUUACAACACAUCAACAGUUUGUUUGCAGAUAUCAUUAGUCGUUUCCACAUUUACUUUUUCCAUGAGACUCGCUCAACCGAUGUUCGUGGAACUAGAGAGAUUAUCGUGGAUGAGGCAUCUGCAGCCCCAUACAUCGAGGGUGUUGAGCGUAUGGGUAUCGAGGCAGAUCACAGCCAUAUGUGCAAAUUCGACGAUGAGAAUUCAGCGGGCUAUGAGGUUGUUGCUGAAGCCCUUCUCCGAUACUCUCGACAAGCACCUACCUUGAUUGCAGAUCGUUGGGUGUCAGAGCGUACCACUCGUACUAUGGAGAUGAAGGCCAAGGCCCGUGAAAUUUACGACGGUAGGCCCAGCAUGACCACCGCCAUGCCUCCACAGGUUGGCAUGCUGACCAGCUCAGGCAGAUUAAAGGAUCCCCUCACACACAGCACCCCAAAUUUCAACACUGAUCACUCCACCCCAACACUGCCCCUUCGUCCCGCUACUGGUCGUAACUCCCCAGUAUCAGAUCUGAGCAAUAGUGGUGCACUUUACAAAUCUCAACAAGAGUUACAGCCUUUUGUUGCACCACCAGGCUUUCACCCCAACGCCACAUUCUUUGGCAUGCAAAAGGAACUAGAAAUUUUACACAAUCGACUCUUCAAGGCAAAAGCUCGCGUCGAUAAAACUAUGGCUGUCCUUAUUGCCGGAGUCCCAGGAUCUGGAAAGACCCAUUUAGCACGAGAGUAUGUCUUUGCGCAACGUGGAUGCUAUCCAGGCGGAGUGUUCUGGAUCGAUGCAAAGUCUCGUGAGUCGGUGUACAAAUGCUUUUGGGAGAUUGCCCAAGCAGUCAGCCUAGUGGAUAUCAAAGACUCUGAAGAUCCGACCCAUCUAAAAGCUCAAUCAUAUGUGAACUCUGUCCGAACCUGGCUCCAGACACGUCAUGAGUGGUUAUUAAUCUUCGACGGGAUCACGUUCGAUAAUGAUGCUGACAUUAAUGACUUUCGACGUUUUCUACCAUGGAACAAAAUGUGUAGCAUCAUUUACACCUCAAUUGAUGCUACACUUCGCAAAAAGCAGCGCCUGUUUGAACCGUACUGUUUAUCGAUGCCCCGACUUCGCGUCGAGGAUGCAUGCCAGCUCCUCUACAAAGACCUUGGAAUCAGAAAACCCACGCCCGAGCAGGCUCACCGCGCAAAAGAGAUUGCUGAAUAUUAUGAGUGCUUGCCUUUGGCCAUUCAUGCAAUUGGUCACCGACUUAAUGCGACAAGCAAGCCCAUUGAAAAGUACCAUGUUAAACACCAGGUAACUGAUAAAAAGCUGGCUGAGCCGUUCCUCAGCAUCAUGAAUGAUUUAUAUCGUUUGCAACAGCGUCAAGCAUUGAACCUUAUUAACCUACUCUCGUUUCUGGGCCAUCAAGUGCCAGUUGGUCUACUCAAUUUUGGAAGACAUGCUAUGUCUGCCGAGAAUGCAGAAAUAUUGACCAGUGCUCAAAUUGGGGAGGAUCCCGAUCUUGAUACCACUCUUGGAACUUUGAUUCACUACGGUCUUAUCGAGCGGAUCUCAGGUUCCGAUCCAUUCUUCGCACAGAGUGGCACCGCACAAAAGUCUGCAGACGAAUUUCAGGGCAAUCCGAAGCCUCCUGAUCUGUCAGAGUCAUUGACCGAGAGUAGCCAAGAGGGAUUCUUUUCCAUCUACCGCGGGAAUUUGGCUGUUGACGUGGUCAAGAUUCAUACUGUCGUUCAAGGAUUCUGUCGAGAUGAACUACGGAUAAGAGAUGAGGAGAACAGAGGUGUCACACACAAGGAUGACCCCGGUUACUUCGACUCGUGGCUGAUUGUGGCUACUCAUUUCCUGUGCAAGUCCUGGGAGGCUGCCAAGGACAGAAUAACCCAUUAUCAUGACUGUGGACUUGUCCGUGAUUUCCGUGAAUACCAGACACAUGCAUCACGACUGGUCGAGCUCUUCCCAAAGAAACAGGGAAUCAGCGCCCACCCACCGGUUCUUCGAGAAGCGCGCGAGAAUCUGCGGCAACUGAUGAAAAGUCUCAGCAACGAGAUUGAUCGCAUGUCACCGAGCUCUUCUCAAGAAUAUACGCGCAACCAAAAGUCCGUAUUUGAUCGUUCUAGUAGCUCAUCAUCAUCAUUCCCCGAGUCAUCCACAGAUGAAGGCCUUUCACGCUCGUCAACUUGGGCGUUAACUGAAGCAGGCUCACCUCUUGCAGAGUCCCCAGAGGAACUUCCUGCGCAUUCUCGCUUCAAACUAGAUCUUUUCCCUCCACCUCCCUUCCGAAAAAAUGGAUACGAGUCGGAAGAAGGGUAUGAAACAGAUGGGGAAGCGAAGGAGGCACCUAAGAUUUCUCCGGCGUUAUCACAGAUGAGCCAGGCUACUGAGAAGCCAAGACACUCGCCUCUAUCGUCCAGUCCUCCUAUUCAAGGUGACAACAAUGGAGACUGGAAAGUGGUUGAUCGGCACUCUCAAUUACGGUCGACCAAAAGAAGGCAACAGGAACGACGUAGGCCAGGAGGUUCUCGUCGACUUCGUGGACCAGCUGCCGCAUCAGUUAAAAUGUCAACAGCUCAAGGAAAAGGCUCAUCCAGUCGCAAGUCUGUGGAUGAGGGAGGCAGCUUUACAAUCUUAGCAUCAGCAGCUGAGCGAGCACUUACGGCUGUUCGUCAAUCAAAAAAUGGCCAAGCAGUGAGUGAGAAUGCGAAGCUGAAACCUAGAUCUGCAUUGCUUGAUGGGGGAAAUGGGAACGCCUACGGUAGUGUUAUUGCUCAUCGCAUGCUCGAAGCAGAGCCAAAGCGCCCAGCGCCCAUACCUUUACGAAGAGGAGCGGAGCUAGUCGGAGUACAAAUGAAACCAUCUGUGGAAUCACUCGAUGGCUACGCAAGUAAUGCAUUUACCUCGCCACUCUCACAUGAGCUGGCCGCAAAUGAGCUUACUUCAGAGCCUUUGACUCGAUCUACAUAUAGCGAUCCUGGCUAUGGUAACUUUACUCUGAAUCCGCCCUUCCAUGAGCUGGAUUUACACACAGCACCGAAUUCACAUCUCAACUCUCGACGCACAUCGCUUGUAACAUUCGAGCCGGUGCGAGGUAUAUCUGCUAGUACUUCUUCACUUCCUCCAUUCGGGCCGCCUUUGCCAUACGACGAAAAUAUUACUGUUACAAAAUCAGCCCGCUUCAACCCACCGCUGUCACAGAAUGUGACCGGUCCGAUGUUCAUCACACCAGCUCCUCAGACUAUGUCCCCUGUCUCCCAUCCCUCCGCAAUAAUGCCUGGUGCCAUGCCCCUUUCUUUACCAUCUGAUGCACCGAUAUCGCAUUUCAACGAACGACCCGGAUCAGGACCUGAUGCCCUUUCCCGAGCCUCGUCUGGCUAUUCAACACAGUCUUGGGCCACAGAGCCAGUCCGUUACCCACCUCGCUUCUCUCCCAUGCCGAGUUACCAAGGCCAAUUGCAAAUUGUGCGGAGCUCUACGCCAAUGAUCCAGUCACAGACACAACCACAAACACUCUCUGGACGAGCCAGCUGGACUGGUGAUAUCCCUGUACUGAAGAGUGCUCUCCAAUCUGAUCUACUGUAUCCGGGGUCUCAGCCGUUAAAUCAUCACCGAGUUGGAUCGGUAGAUGAGAGAUUAAAUACCGUCAAGCCAGAAUGGGAUCUAGAUAUGGAGCCCGUGCAGAUACUCCAAAGUCAUCGCGGUGAUGUGAGAGAUCCUCGCCAACGACUAUCGGGACUUCAGAUCCCACGUCAAGUGCCCUACCAGCUCUAUCAUCCCAACUUGUCUGGUCCUAAUUUAUCUGGUCCCCUCAUCCAAGAUGGUGGGCAUGUCUAUGCACCUGCGCCGGCGCUAGAGGUGUAUGGGAGACGUGCACGAAGUGGGAGCUCACCUUCACAUCCUACUAACUAUGAUGGGCUAGGUGUAAGAUUUGCAUGA